UCCUGCCUCCGAUAGAUUAGCAGCUUCAGAAAAGUUAGAUGGCUGGUUUUGCUUUUCGCCCCUAAGUAAAACUUUAAACAUGACGGAUCCAAAUGUAGAUUGCCUUGGUCAAUUUCAUCACGAGUGACCAGUGUUACUGCACUGGCUUUGGAGCGAAUGAUUGACUAUAUCCCUCCUUAGAAUUUACAUUUACGGCGCCAAGUCAAAGCUAAGGAAAAUGAACACGAAUGCGAGCUGUUUAAACAGUUCCAUUCUGGUGCCCGGGCCGUUCAUUUUGGAUCGGCCACCCUGGGUGGCAACCACUCUGGCUGGACUGCUCAUAUUUACCAUCGCGAUCGAUAUCCUCGGGAACCUACUCGUCAUCUUGUCAGUUUACAGGAAUAAGAAAUUGAGGAAUGCCGGAAAUAUAUUUGUUGUUAGCCUGGCUGUUGCAGAUCUAAUAGUGGCAAUCUACCCAUACCCCAUGGUCUUGACAUCCAUAUUUCACAAUGGCUGGAAUCUGGGCUACAUGCAUUGUCAAAUCAGUGGUUUCCUGAUGGGUGUGAGUGUGAUCGGAUCAAUUUUCAAUAUUACCGGCAUUGCCAUCAAUCGUUAUUGUUACAUCUGCCAUAGUCUGAAGUACGACAAGCUCUACAGUGAGAAGAACUCCUUGUGUUUUGUAAUCCUCAUUUGGAUCCUGACAUUUAUCGCUAUCAUACCAAACCUGUUUGUGGGAUCUUUGCAAUAUGACCAGCGAGUCUACUCUUGUACAUUUGUGCAGUCAGUGAGCUCUGCCUACACUGUCUCGGUGGUGUUCUUUCACUUCAUCCUCCCCAUUGCCAUUGUUACCUUUUGCUACUUGAGAAUAUGGGUGCUUGUCAUCCAGGUUAGAAGACGUGUGAAGCCAGUCAUGAAACUCAAGCUGAAGCCCCACGAGUUGCGGAACUUUGUGACAAUGUUUGUGGUCUUUGUACUCUUCGCUGUUUGUUGGGCACCCCUUAAUUUUAUUGGUCUUGCUGUGGCUGUCAACCCAGAUACAAUUGCCCCAAGAAUUCCAGAGUGGCUCUUUGUGGCGAGUUACUUCAUGGCAUAUUUCAAUAGCUGCCUUAAUGCAAUUAUCUAUGGACUUUUGAAUCAGAAUUUCAGAAGAGAGUACAAGAGAAUUAUAAUCUCUCUGUGCACUGCAAGGAUUUUCUUCCCAGAGAGUUCAAAUGAUGUGCCUGACAGAAAUAAAAGUAAACCUUCUCCUUUGAUGACAAACAAUAAUCAAGUGAAGGUAGAUUCUGUCUAAAUGGUUCAUGCAUUCACUUCACGUGCCAGCCAAUGAAUCUUAAACAAAAAGCACAUAAUAUAGAAUCGAUGGAAAGCAAAACAUAUAGUCAAUGAUUGUUAAACUUAUAUUUGAAUUUAAUACAUAUGUUAUUUUACAAAUUAAUGAAAACAGUACAAUUCUAUUAUACAGCAGCUACAGAUAUUUUAGGAAGCAGCAAAUUUCAUUAGACUAUAAUGAUAUCUAUGUUAAAAUAUGUAUGGAGAGAGAAUAUUUAUUUUAAAAUAAUUGAUAAACUCUUACAGAAAUGAGAAUAGGAAAACCCAUAAUUAAAAUCGAACACUUGAACACAAGUAUCUUAACUUAGACUCAAAUCUAUAAGUUGAAAUUCUGUUACAGAUUCACAAACAAAACAGAACUUGCUGGAAAAACUCAGCAGAUCUGGCAGCAUCUGAGAGAAUUCAGUGUUAACAUUUCAGGUCCAGUGACCUAUCUUCUCUUUCAGGAUAUCUAAGAUUGGAA